AUGUGGGCAGAUUCACAUUUGAUUUGCCUCGAUAUUUGCACAUUUCUCUCUAAUUAUCGCCAAUCGGUCGUUGUUUUCUCAUGCAUUGUCGUGUCGUUUUGCUGUCUCCAGGUGAAAAUCGACUACAUGGGCCGUGUCUUCUGCGAGGUGAAGGUGUACGUGGACGGAGAGAUGUAUGUUCCUUCCAAGCUGGCCUGGUGGCCGGUCUACCGCGGCCAGACGCCGGCGGGUGAGAUCCUCGCCUCCUUCGAGCUCAUUCAAGUAAGUCCGACUGGGUAA